AUGGGCGUCCUAACUCUUGUCCUUCUGGCGUCCGCCCUCCUCUCCGCGCACGCCGCGGAGAUGAAAACCCGCGAUGACCUAACCGGUGCCGGAGGUACCAACAAGCAAUUCAUCAACAACUACGACACCGUCACUCCUGCCGCUGUUAUCACCCCCCGCCCCAGGGACCCCGAGCCUGUUGCCGAGCCUGUUCCCGAGCCUGUGACUCCCGAGCCUGCGACUCCCAAGCCGGCUACUCCCAUCAACUCCGUCACCACUCCGAACCCCGUGUCGGCCUCUCAGGACGUCUUCACUGACGAUCCUUUUGGUAGCUCGAAACCGGCGCCCGUCGCCAACUCGGGUCCGUCGUUCGACCCCAACGACCCUCUGGGCGGCAGGGACCCUCUCGCGGGCGAUGACUCCAAGACCGGCAUGCAGACGACAAGCGCGACCGACUCUAGCGCGUAUGACGGCACAGCGCAGCCCAACCAGGUGAAUCAGGUGCCCCCGACUGUUCCCGAUGUUCCCGACAACGACACUGGCGUCGCGCAAUCGUCCACCUGCGACCCGUCCGACUUGGAUGGUUACACGUCAUCGUACCAGAUCACCAAGUACGGCCACGUGCUGCACUGGGCCGUGGUCUCUCCAACGGUCGUCAAAAUCGCCUUCGAGGCUAAGCGCGGCAGCGGCGCGGCGUUGGGAUGGGUCUCCGUGGGUUUCUCUAAGGACGGCAAGAUGUCGCCCGCUGACGCCAUUAUCGGUAACCAGCCAGACACGCCCAUUGCAGCCUACUCGAUGACGGGUUACGAUGCGGGGUCCAUCACGGUCAAUAAGAACCUGUGGAUCGGCGACGAUGCGAGCCUCGUGACCAAGACCAACGGCAGCCUCAUUAUGCAGUUCCAGAGAACCAUCACGGACGGCGUUGCGCCCAUCUCCACGACUUCACCCGUCACCGUCAUCUGGGCCUUCUCCGCCGACAACACCAAGCCGCUCUCCUACCACGGCGAGAAGCGACGCGGCUCUUUCCAGGUUGACUUUUCAUGCAAUGGCGGCAGCGGCGUGGCGACGCAGCCGACGGCGCCGGUGCCCGUGCCGGUCCAGGGCACGGAGGUGACGGUGGGGUCGGCGUGCGAUGCGUCGACGCUCGGCCAGUACGACCACCAAGCUGAUCUCUACAACGGAAAGAUUCUGCUGCACUGGAAGGUUCUGCCGGGUCCCGUCUUCAAGAUGGCACUCGAGGCGAAGCGCCUCAGCGGCGCAGAGAACAGCUGGAUUUCCGUCGGCUGGUCGAACAACGGGGCCAUGGCGCCUGCCGACGCAGUCGUUGGUAACAUGCCUGGGAUCAAGGCGUACCGACUUGAUGGUUACAAGAUGGCAGAGCUCGUCAACGACACGUUUUCGCUCGGGCCGAACCCGUCGGUCACCACCUCGGCUACUGGGUCCACAGUUGUGAAGUUUUCCCGUACCAACGGGGAUGGCGGUUCGGUUCCGAUCAACCUGAGUGGCGAGACGUACGUCAUCUGGGCCUUCUCCCGCGGCAUGCUCGAGACGUUCGGUUACCACGAAUACAACAGGGGUCUCGCCACGGUUGAUUUCCUCUGCAACAAAGCUCCCGCCAGCCUGAUGGGACCUGCCGACAAUGUGGCGACUAUCCCGGGUGCUAAAGUGGACAAGGAUCCUUACGCGGGCCUGACCCCUGCCGAGCGGGCGGACAAGGAGGCCCGCAGGGAGCGCCGCACAGCGCGCCGAGCACAGCGCGGAGCUAUUUUCCGUUCAUGGGCUGAUGCUGCCCCCCCAUCGCUUAGAGUCAUGGCUGCCGCCAGAGAACACGAACCGCGUGUAUUUAACCUCAUUCGCGUCUCCAUCACGUUCCUCCUCGUCGCCGCGGUACUCGUAGGCAGCGUCGCCGCUGCGCCGGAUGCUGCGAGUUCCGCACCAUCGCCAUAUCUCCGAAAAUCCCAAGGCCUCCUCAACCGAUUCAACCUUUGGCGCAAAAAAUUCCACCUCAAGCCCUCGCAACCCACUGGCGCUGCUGCUGCUACAGGCGGAGCAGCUGUAGCGGCGGCGAAGACUGUGACGCCUGCCGCCACGGGCACGUGCCAGGCGUCGACUCUCGCGGGUUACACGAGCUCCGUGGACCUUUCGGGCAACGGGCUCAUCCUUCACUGGAAGACGUCAACGGGGUCAACGAUCGACCUGGCGCUCGAGGCCAAGUCAACGAGCGGCGCGGCGAGCGGGUGGUUCGCGGUCGCAUGGACUAACGGCGGCAUGUUCAACUCCGACGCGGUCAUCGGGAACCUCGCGACGGCCAGCGGCGUCGGCACGUACGCGAUAUCGAGCUACUCGAGUGUGGUUACCACGACGCGCUUCGCCAUCACGGGCACGAGCGUUGCUUCGUCAGGCGGAAGCACGAUCGUGAAGUUCACGCGCGGCACGGGAGACGGGCUUGUGAAGGUGAACGGGGCGGGGAGCAACAGCCUCGUGUGGGCUUACUCUUCUGGCGGCUCGAAGACUGUCGCCAACCAUGGCGGCUCGCACAGAGGAGCCAAGUCUGUUGAUUUCUCUUGCGACGGCACGGGCUCAAGCUCGGGGUCAAGCGGGUCAGGCUCGGGAUCAGGCUCGGGAUCAGGCUCGGGCACCGGAGCAGGCACGUGCACGGGUAACACGGGCGUGAGCGGCACGGCAUGCCCUGCGUCCACCCUCUGCGGCUACUCCUACCAGGCGCAGAUCAAACCUGGCGUUCUGCUGCACUGGAAGCGCGCGUCCGCCACGCAGCUGGACAUGGCGGUGGAGCUCAAGAGCAGCAGCGGCGCCAGCAACGGCUGGUUCGCCCUCGGCUGGGGAGGACGCAUGGCUCCUUCCGAUGCUGUCAUUGGCAACAGGGCCGGGGGAAUCACCAGCGCGUACCACAUCACUGGCUACAGCAUGUCCUCGUUACAAGGCGGCUCGUUUAGCAUUGGCAGCAGCGCUGGGACCGUGAAGUCUGCUACGGGCUCCACAGUUAUCCAGUUCUCGCGCACGGCCAACACGGGGUCUCAGGGCAUGAAGAUGAGCGGCGUCAGUCGGCUCGUAUGGGCGCACUCCAACUCCAACUCCAAGUCUCUUGCCUUCCACGGCGGCGCUGAUGGCUACAUGUCCGUGGACUUUUCCUGUGCCACUGCCCCAUCCUCUGGCGGCGGCGGUGGGGGCGAUGAUGAUGGUGGCGAUGGCGAUGGUGAUCACGAGGGGGGUGGUGAUUAUGAUGGUGAUGGUGACGGUGGCUUCGGCGGGGGUGGUUCCGGUGCUGGGAGCGCGCUGUUCUCGCAGUUCAUCGCUUGGCUCGGCUCGCUCUUCGGCUUCCGCAAGUAG